AUGGUCCCGGAAUACAUCUACAUUGAGGGUGACGAACAAGUCCUACUGGAGGCACUGGAGAAGGGAAAGCUACAGGUGAUCAGCGAUGGCUCCUUCAAGCAACAAGUGGGCACAGCCGCAGUCCAGCUAAGAACUAGACAUGGAGGGCACGUCAUCUGGAUCAAGUGCCUUACACCUGGUAAACGAGAGGAUCAGAGUGCGUACCGGAGUGAACUUAUCGGUCUGUUAGCUGGUAUCUUGGUGGCUUCUUGGCUCCGCCUACGCCUACAGUCCCUCGCCAAGCUACGAGUCCGUGUGGCGUGUGAUGGGAUUGCCGCGCUUUGCCAGGCCUUCUCGACUCGGCCGCUGUCUCCAACCGCCCCACACUUCGAUCUCUUGUCCUCCAUCCGCGAGGCCCUCCGAGUUUCCAACAUAUCCUGGGUCGAACAACACGUGGGCGGCCAUGCUGACCGAACCAAGACAUGGCGAUAG